AGUGUCUUUAGGCGCGAGUGGGAAGCGAUGCCGUUGCGGGAGGCGGAGAGGCUGCCCGGAUGCCUUUGCAAAGAUGCGAAUCCCGACGAGAGACUCCGAGUUGCGAGGAGGUUUUGAGGUAUUUCUCGCAGGACGACCAGAUUCUGUUAAAAGCUUUGUUCCCCAUGCCUUCCACCUGGUAAACUUGAAAGAUUCAUUUUUUUCAUUGGAACUAGAAUUGUUGCUUCUGUCGGUCAUAUAAUAUAUAAACUAGAGUCAUCACAACAACCUUCCUAACAACAAAAAGUACUCUUGAAUGAAAAUCCUGGAUAGCUUUGUGAUCAAUCCUGAAGCUGCAGGAAUAGCCCUGUGAAUUUCCAGAACCAUCUGGAAUUUCCUUAUCAGAGAGAGAAAGAAUGCAGAAACAACCAUUAGCAAAUGAGAGAAUUGGAAAAGGAGCAUUGGAUGUUCAGCCAGGCAGCUGUGGGAAGGUAUGGGCAAGAACUGGACAGAAGAUCCUGGAAAAUAAAACUGUCAUCCCUUCAGAGAUUCAGCCAUGCAACUUCAGAAACAUCCAAUACCAGGAGGCUGAAGGUCCCCGAGGACUGUGCAGCCAACUCCACAACUUUUAUAGUCAAUGGCUGAAGUUAGAAAAGCACACUAAAACCCAAAUGUUGGAUCUGGUUGUUUUGGAGCAGCUCCUGGCCCUUCUGCCCCUGCCGAUGGAGACCUGGGUGCGGGAGUGUGGAACAGAGACCAGCUGCCAAGCGGUGGCCCUGGCAGAAGGCUUCCUCCUGAGUAAGGCAGAGGAGCUGAAGGAGCAAGUCGAAUUGCAGCCUUUCCCUCUAAAGAUCAGAGAACUUAUGAGAAAGAGGACUCCAUCCAAUCCCGCUCGGGAGCUGUGUUCCAUGAGGAUCUAUCAUGAAUCCUCAAGUCAGGACAUCUCAGAUGGAAAGAACAGAACAAAUUUGACUCCCCUUUAUGGUGACACUGAAAGAGAGGUUGAAGCUCCAACUCAAGGAGGUCUUGUGUCCUUUAAGGAGGUGGCUGUGUAUUUCUCCGAAGGGGAGUGGUCUCAGCUGGAUGAUGACCAAAAAGCACUUUAUCGGGAAGUCAUGCUGGAAAAUCAUGGGAUCGUGGCCUCUUUGGGUAAUAAUGGAAAGGAAGAUGAAGAUUCCAGAGAACUAUUCAAAAUGAUCAGUCGUGAAUACAGUAUGAAGAACCCUACAAUUCUAAUGGAAGUAGAAAGCUGUGAGAGAAACCAGUCAAAUAAUCGCAAUCAGGACAGUUUAUCUUCUGUCAAUUUUCCAAUGAAAGCCUCUGUAGCCCAGCAAGGAAAAAGGAAAAAGAAAUAUAUUGGAAAAUUUAUGAAAGUAUUCAUAAACAAAUUAGAUAUUGAUAAACACGAUCAAAUCCAAAUCAAAGGCAAUUAUAUAUGUAGAGACAAUGGAAAAAACUAUAAAUGGACCCUGUCUCUUCCUCCUAAAAAUGACUCCUGUACAGCUCAAAAAAGGACCCACGCAAGAGAGAAGACAUAUGAAUCUAUGGAGUGUGGAAAGAGUUUUAUUAAGGACAGUCAACCUAUUUACCAUAAAAGGAUCCAUGAAGUGGAGAAAAUAUAUAAAUGCAUGGAGUGUGGUAAAGGUUUUCCUGAAAACCGAAAACUUACACAGCAUAAAAUGAUCCACACACAACAGAAGCCCUAUAAAUGUAUGGAAUGUGGAAAGAGCUUCCCUCAGAAAAGUGAUCUUAUUGUACAUAUAAAGAUCCACACAGGGGAGAAGUCCUAUAAAUGCAUGGAGUGUGGAAAGAGCUUCACUUGUAGUCAAAAUCUUAAUUCCCAUUCCCGGAUCCAUACAGGAGAAAAGCCCUAUAAAUGCAUACAGUGUGGAAAGAGUUUCGCUCAUAAUACUUCUCUUACUUCCCAUUACUCAAUCCAUACAGGGGAGAAGCCAUAUAAGUGCAAAGAGUGUGGAAAGAGCUUCACUCAAAGUGGUGCCCUUACUCUUCAUAAAAGGAUCCACACAGGAGAGAAGCCCUAUAAAUGCAUGCAGUGUGGAAAGAGCUUCACUUUUAGUCAUCAUCUUACUUCCCAUUCUCAGAUCCAUUCAGGAGAGAAGCCCUAUAAAUGCAUGCAGUGUGGAAAGAGCUUCUCUCGUAGUACUUCUCUUAUUUCCCAUUACUCAAUCCAUACAGGGGAGAAGCCAUAUAAGUGCACGGAGUGUGAAAAGAGUUUCUUUCACAAUUCUUCUCUUACUCUACAUAAACGAAUCCACACAGGAGAGAAGCCAUAUAAAUGCAUGGAGUGUGGAAGGAGCUUCUUAUAUAGUCAUUCUCUCACUUCCCAUUACUCGAUCCAUACAGGGGAGAAGCCAUAUAAGUGCACAGAGUGUGGAAAGAGUUUUUCUCAAAGUGGUGCCCUUACUCUUCAUAAAAGAAUCCACACAGGAGAGAAGCCCUAUAAAUGUAUGGAAUGUGGAAAGAGCUUCACUUGUAGUCGAUAUCUUACUUCUCAUUCUCAGAUGCAUUCAGGAGAGAAACCCUAUAAAUGCAUGGCGUGUGGAAAGAGCUUCUCUCGUAGUGAUUAUCUUGCUUCUCAUUACUCAAUCCAUGCAGGGGAGAAGCCAUAUAAGUGCAAAGAGUGUGGAAAGAGCUUCUCUCACAAUUCUUAUCUUACUCUUCAUAAACAGAUCCACACAGGAGAGAAGCCCUUUAAAUGCAUGGAAUGUGGAAAGAGCUUCACUUUUAGUCACUAUCUUACUUCCCAUUCUCGGAUCCAUUCAGGAGAGAAGCCCUAUAAAUGCACGGAGUGUGGAAAGAGCUUCUCUCAUACAAACUCUCUUACUCUUCAUAAAAGGAUCCACACUGGAGAAAAGCCCUAUAAAUGUAUGGAAUGUGGAAAGAGCUUCCGUCAAAAUACUUCUCUUACUGUUCAUAAGCGAAUCCACACAGGAGAGAAGCCUUAUAAAUGCACUGAAUGUGGAAAGAGCUUCCCUAAAAGCAGUGGACUUCUUCAACAUACAAAAAUUCACACAGGGGAGAAGCCUUAUAAAUGCAUGGAGUGUGGAAAGAGCUUUAUUAAGAACUGUCAACUUAUUUAUCAUACUAGGAUCCAUACAGGGGAGAAGCCAUAUAAAUGCAUGGAGUGUGGAAGAUGCUUUACUGACUGUAGUGGUCUUAUUGGCCAUAAAAAGAGCCAUACAGGGCAAAAGUAUAAAUGCAUGGAAUGUGGCAAGAGUUAUUCUACGAAGAUGUAUCUUAAGACCCAUGCAAGGAUUCACACUGGGGAGAAUCCAUAUAAAUGCAUGCUGUGUGGAAAAGGUUUUGUUACAAACAGUUCUCUUAACUACCAUAAAAGGAACCACACUAUCUAGAAGCCAUAUAAAUUGUGAAAUCUAGAAAAAGCUUCAAGAGCACCAAUGGCUGUAUUUCCAUAUGCAAAUACAUUUGGGUGAAAAUCUUUUAAUACAAUACAAUAGCAGAGUUGGAAGGGACCUUGGAGGUCUUCUAGUCCAACCCUCUGCCUAGGCAGGA